CCUGAAUUUGGAGAUCCCUCAAUUCCAACUCCAAAUUUCAACUAUACCCAGGCAAACCCCCCCUCUUCAAUCAACAUGGCGGACACAAGCCCAGCGAGUUAUAAAGACGUGCUGCCAGAUUCCAUCAAGCCUACGAAUUAUGCCAUCUCCCUCUCCGACAUUGCUCCCGGCGGUGCCUUCACCUACCAGGGAACCGUCAGCAUCUCGGCCAAGAUCCUGAAGCCCACGAGGAGCAUCACCCUCAACUCCAUUGAACUCAAGGUUCACAGCGCCGAAGUCGUCGUCAACAACGACAAGACCCAGCAAACUACUCCAAACAUCGAUGCCACCUACGAUGUGCCCAAGCAACGAGUCACUCUCGAUUUUGCCGGAGAUCUGCCAGCCUCGGACGAUGCCGUUAUUGUCAUCAAGUUCGAGGGCAUCCUCAACGACAACAUGGCUGGCUUUUACCGCUCAAAGUAUAACCCAGUUGUGCCGGCUGCUGCUUCCGUCGCCAGAGACGCCGAUAACCACUACAUGUUCAGCACUCAGUUCGAGUCUUGCGAUGCUCGCCGCGCAUUCCCCUGCUUUGAUGAGCCAAACCUCAAAGCCACAUUCGACGUCGAGAUCGAGCUCCCAGAAGACCAGGUCGUCCUGAGCAACAUGCCAGAGAAGUCUGUCAAGAAGGGCAAGACGGAAGGACUUAAAGUUGUUGCUUUUGAGCGUACUCCUAUCAUGAGCACAUACCUGCUUGCAUGGGCUGUAGGAGAUUUCGAAUAUGUCGAGGCCUUCACUGAGCGGAAGUAUAACGGAAAUAACUUGCCCGUUCGCGUCUAUACCACAAAGGGCCUUAAGGAGCAGGGCAGCUACGCUCUUGAGCAUGCUCACCAGAUUAUCGACUACUUCUCCGAGAUAUUCGGAAUCGACUACCCAUUACCAAAGGCUGAUUUGUUGGCCGUGCACGAAUUCUCUCACGGUGCGAUGGAGAAUUGGGGUCUCGUAACAUACAGAACUACGGCCGUUCUCUUUGAUGAGAAGACCUCGGAUGCAAAGUACAAGAACAGGGUGGCGUAUGUCGUUGCACACGAGCUUGCCCAUCAAUGGUUUGGCAACCUUGUCACAAUGGACUGGUGGAGCGAGCUGUGGCUCAAUGAAGGUUUUGCUACCUGGGUCGGCUGGUUAGCUACCGACAAGCUUCACCCAGAGUGGAAUGUUUGGCCACAAUUUGUCCAAGAGGGCAUGCAAACUGCUUUCGGUUUGGAUUCUCUCCGAAGCUCCCACCCUAUCGAGGUGCCUGUUAAGGACGCUCUUGAUGUCGAUCAAAUCUUCGACCACAUCAGCUACCUCAAGGGCAGCUCCGUUAUCCGCAUGCUGGCAUCUCACCUAGGACAAGAGAAGUUCCUGGCAGGUGUCGGGAACUACUUGAGGGCCCAUGCAUAUGGCAAUGCUACAACUAACGAUUUGUGGUCUGCUUUGAGCGAGGUCUCUGGCCAGGAUGUUCCUAAGCUUAUGGACCCAUGGAUCCGUGAUAUCGGAUAUCCUGUCGUCACUGUUUCCGAAGAGCCAGGUCAGAUUUCCGUAACCCAGUCCCGCUGCCUCUCAACAGGAGAUGUCAAGCCCGAAGACGACAAGACAACCUGGUGGGUCCCGCUUGGCCUGAAGAGCAAGUCAGGUUCGAAAGCGAUAUCCUUCAACACCAAGAAGGAGACGAUCCCCGACAUCGAUGACAGCUUCUAUAAGCUCAACGACGAAUACGCAGGGUUCUACCGCACUAACUACCCAGCCUCCCGCCUUGCUACCCUCAGCAAGCAGCUUGACCUCCUCUCGAUCAACGAUAAGAUCAACCUUAUCGGUGACGCUGGCGCUUUGGCUCGUUCAGGCGAUGCCCAGACUGCUCCUCUUCUGUCCCUCAUUGAAGGUUUCUCUGCCGAGACCAACUACCUGGUUUGGUCCCAGGUCAUCUCUUCCCUGGCCACCGUGAAAUCGGUUUUCAGCGAAGAUGAGAACAUCUCCAAUGCCCUCAAGAAGUUCACCCUGAAGCUUAUCAAGCCCACCGUCACCAAGCUUGGCUGGACCUUCGCUCCUGAUGAGGACCACCUCACAGGCCAGCUGCGCGCCUUGCUCAUCCACUCUGCAGGCCUCAACGGUGACGGAGACGUGAUCAAAGAGGCCCAGCGCCAGUUCUACGCCUACGCUGUCGGCGACGCUUCAGCCAUCCACAACUCCCUCCGCAGCGCCGUCUUCCAGAUCAACGUCAAGUACGGCGGCCGCGCCGCCUACAACGCCGUCAAGGCCGAAUGGGCAAACACCACCUCCAUUGACGGAAAGGAGACCUCUCUCCGCGCCCUCGGCCGCAUCGAGGAUAUCAAGAACGCCGAGGACGAGGACCCGCUCGCGCCCAACUUGCUCAAGGACCUCCUUGACUUCAUGGCCUCUGGCGUCCCAACACAGGACGUGCACACCCCCGCUGCGACGCUCGGCGUUAACCCAAAGACCCGCCUCGGCCUGUGGACUUACAUCAAGGAGAACUGGGAGCCGCUGCGUGAGCGCCUGGGCAAGAACAUGGUUGUGCUUGACCGCUUCUUGAAGCUUUCGCUGCAGAACUUCUCGGAUCUCGAGACGGAGGCUGAUAUCGCAGCGUUCUUUGCCGAGAAGGAUAACAGGGGUUAUGACCGCACGCUGGGUGUGGUCAGCGAUAGCAUUAAGGGCAGGGCCAGCUAUAGGCUCAGGGAUGCGGAGCCAUUGCUUGAGUGGCUCAAGGCGAACCAAUAUGCUUAGACAUUAGAUGGUUGGAGUGGAGGGAAUGGUAGCUUAUAAUUACAAGAGUAUUAGCUGGAAUGGAUGGUAUCGUAGCUCAUGAUUACAAGAAGAUUGAAGGACACCUUUAUCACACUGCAAUACCAACUCUGGAAUUUGUGCUUGCCCAUCAGCGCUUUUCAUUCCAACUUCGGGCUGCCUGAAAACCUGUGGUGUUCCGAUCAAGCUUCCACCAAGCUUGAUACCCUUCACGAUAAGAUAGAAGGCGUUGAUGGGUGGCAAGACAUCCUCAGGUGCGCCGACCUGGAUGAAAUGUCCCUUUGGCGCGAGGAGCGCCAGAUACUCCGACAGUGGCAUAUUCGGCGACGAAACAGUCGAGAUAAUCAGAUCUAGCGUGCCUGCGUUCUUCUUCGCCCAGUUCUCAUCCUCCGUCGCAAUAAACCCCGUCGCUCCCAUCAUCUCCGCAUCCGCCUUCUUCGCCGAAGUCCUCGAAAUAGCAACCACCUUCUCUUCAUGUUGCCUUCGGCGGCGGAGGCGUCGUGGCCGAGCCAGCCAUUGAAUUCGGGUUGUGGUACCAUUUUGACAGGAGGUAUAUUAGGAUUUAAGGAUGAUAAGAGGUAUGAGCAUGAUGAGAUUGUGUGUAUGAGAGUGUUGAAGAGGACUAUUUGGUGGGCAAUUUGAGAGAUUCUUCCUACCUAUAUAUACAAAUGAGAAUGUAGGAGAAGGAAUGAAAUAGAAGCACGAAUUUCACUUUCUUCCCGAUAUCCUACCGCUUGAUUCUUGGUUCUUCUCCAUUAUUGCUUGGUAAAGUUUAUUUCCGUCCUCUUGUCGCCGGGCACUAUCUCCAAGACCGCGGCAGUUGCAAGAUUUCGUUCCAUUUCCAAGACGGUGGAGCCGCAGUGUGUCGCCGCCUACCCGCC